AUGCUCGUCGGCGCUCGCAUCCUUGUUUUCCUCCAGGUCGAAGUCGAGGCGUUCCCGUCUUGCACAUCAUCAUCUACCUCAGCAUCGUCCUCGUGCCGAACAUCGUCGCACGCUUCCGUAGCAUUCUUGUCUCGCUCGUCUCUGACAUCAUUUCAUACCUCGCAUUUCAUGCUUGCUGUUUCUGUUUCUGUCUCUCCUCUCCAUCCUGUAUCGCCACUUUUUUUUUUCCCUUUGCUUCCACGUCCUCACAUCCCUUGUUGUGCGCCUCUUUCUGCUGCUGCUCCGUCAUGA